UUUUCGUCUGCUGUAAUGUAGUUUCUCUUUCGUUUGAAUUUAGCACCUUGUGCAGGGCACAAAUCUGAAACAAAUAAAAUUCAUGAAUAUAUUGUCUUAGCCAAUUUGAGAUUAACAGGUGCAUAGCACGCAUCUUAAAAAGGCUUAUUAGAUACCAAAUAUCUCAAACAAACAAUCCCACUAGUGAAAGGGAAGGAAUGGCGGCAACGAUGGAGCCAUCAUCGAGGAGAAGUUUGACAGUUUUAGCCGUAGUUGUUGCGUGUUUCGCGAUAUUGUGGCCAAAAAUUUUUUAUCCGAUGAUUUCAUCAAUAAUUUUACCAUCUGCUAGUGAGGAAGAAAGCAUUGAUGAAAUACGAAAAUUGGAUUUUUAUGAUAUGAUACAUCCUCAAAUGAAAGAAGCAAUGGGUGAAGCUAGACCGUUGGAUAAGCCGGCUACUAAGGAUGCACAUAAGGUUUUAUUCCACCCAUCUAUAAAAUAUGCUGCGAAACCACAGUCCAAAGGAACAAGUGCUGUGAACCUUGUGAUUCCUGUCUAUACACUUGUUGUUAUAUUAUUUUUCAUCUAUUCAGUUUGUAAAAUGUUUUUAAAGAAAAAACAAGAUUCUCGCCACUUGCAUUCAACUAAACAACAGAAAACAGCAUGUCCACAUAAGUGUACAGAAUUGGAUGAUAUGAAUAAACGUAUGGAUAAUUCUCUGGAAAGAACAGCUCAGCGUGCGCUAGAACAAUAUGGAAAAGAUAAAGUUCUAACAGCUUUGAAAGCUAUCAUUUUGGAAAUGGAAGAUAUCCAAGGUAGUGAAAAAGUUGACGAGAAAGAGAAUAAGCAAGAUUCUGCAGAUGCUACUGUCAAAUGUGAAAAUGAAAAUUCUGGUUAACUCUUCUUGUGUAACUUAUUAGGCCUAAAUGAUCAUUGGAGACAUAUGAAAGUUAGAAGCAGUGCUUAAGUUAUAAAUUUGUUUUAAAAUUUGAAAAUAAAAUUGCUUGGCUUUCACUUGAUUUUUCAUAAUCAAAACAAUG